AUGACUUCCAACAUUAAAGUCGUCGCUUUCUUAGGCGCCAGCACUGGCGUCGGGCUGUCCGCCCUGAAGCACACCCUCGCUGCUGGACAUCAGUGCAUCGCGCUCUGCCGCAAUCCCUCAAAACUCACAGCCAUCCUCCCAACAGAGUCAAAGCCAAACCUCAAAAUCAUUGGGGGAAAUGCACACGAUGUCGUGGCUGUAUCCAAGUGCCUCCAAACCGAAGCUGGCACCAUCGUUGAUGUUAUUGUGACCACCAUCGGCGCCAAACCCUCUGGUCUUGGCGUCGACGACCCAGAUGUCUGCAAAAAAGGUGCAGCCACCAUCCUCGACUCUCUCGCCGGGCUUCGAAGGAAUGGCAUCACCGGCAGCCCGCAUAUCAUUGCGUGCGGCACAGCCGGCUUCUCCCGGUUUGGUCGUGAUAUCCCUCUUAUCAUGAUUCCCGUUUACGCUCUGUUCGUCCGGGUUCCGGGCGCUGACAAGGUGGUCAUGGAGGACCGAUUCGCGCAGAGUGGGGAGUCCUUUACCAUCUUGCGUGCUAGUCACUUGGUUGAUGGGGAGUCUACUAAGUCUAUUCGUGUUGGUAUUGAGGAUCCCAAGGCGGGUGUUGAGUCUAAGGUUACUGGCUAUACUAUCUCCAGGGAGGAUGCGGGGAGAUGGCUGGCCGAGAAUCUUGUCCUGCAGAUGGAUGCAAAGUAUUUGAACAAGAAUGUGACGAUCACAUAUUGA